AGUUUUGUAUCGCCCGCAUGAGAUCACCUCUUUCGAACUCAAUUUAUGAUAUGUUUUACUUUGUCUUGGAGGCUUGCGAAUCGGUGUCAUUCAGCAUUUAAUAAAGAAGGAAGGAGGUACGCCCAUGUCCACGUCUGCAGGUCGUUCUCCGUCUGCCGAUAGCAGAGCAAUCGGGGGCUCACGGCCAAGCCCCCCGUGGCUUGGCUAUAUCACACCUGACGUAUCGGUAUUGCCGUUGUCGCAGCUUUAUUUCGAUGACUCUUGCGAUUUGCUGCUUUCGCCCUCCGAGUUGGUAGACGAGAUCGACUCGUAUUAUUGCCCCCAUUGUCUGCAGAAUCUACCGACUCGCGAAGCCACAGCCUAUUCCGCACGCUGUCCGCGGUGUUUUGAAUGCGGACGUUGCGGAGCCACGCUGACUUUUACACAGAAGACGAGAGACGGACGAGGAGGACAAGAAAGAUCGUCAAGAACGAGUGCUGAAGCGUCUUCUUCGUCUGGCGCAUUGAAUAUCUUCUACACGCUUUCGUGUCCGGGAUGUCGCUGGCAGGGAGGCGAAAUGCUGCAGAGCGCAAGACCGGAGGAGCUGGCGCAGCGCGUGCUAGCUCGAGAAAGCGCAAGUACAGGGCUAGCGGAGUUUCAGCGACUCUGUGGGGUAUUUCAGAAGCGUGCGAAAUUAUGGUGCUUGAGGUUGAGUUUUGUUGCACAUUGAUUGCAGGUUUCAUCUUUAUGCUCUGAACUGUGCGUCUUGUUCGUGUUGCUGAACUUUUACUUUAGGGCGGUUGUACAGAAGGUGUUAGAGCAAGACUGUUCGUUUCUGGCAUAGCAAGGUGAGCGUUUGUUGCAGGACGAGGCACUUUUGUCUAAUGCGCGAAAGCAAAAGAAUACGUGACCUGGAGCGACGACUGGAGCGGCAUUCCUUGACAGCGCAAGCAGCGAUCUUAGGUGACGGUUCGUCUUUCGGAAAUCAAAAGAGGCUGGGCUUUGAUGUCGACGACGAGCGCAGAUCGCCGGUGUGGAGCGCUGCUGAUCUGGAGAAGCGUCUUGCGAAAGAAAAGACGAAAAGAAAAGAUCCGCGUAGCAACUUGCUCCGGCCGUAUGAGGUUUUGCGACUCGGUGGGACUGAAACCGUGCAGGACUUCGUCGCCGGGCUCGACGAGAGAAGCGCAAUGCGGCAUCCUCGUGACGGCUAUCUCGUCUAUAGUCGUGCAGCAGCGCCCGAAGUAGCUGGGGAGUUGGUGCCAGCAGCACUAUGGGCGGAAAAAGGCGUCUGCGUUACGCUAGACGGUCGUCAAUUAGGAGUCAAGGAGUCUGCGGAUGCGUCCCAGAAAGCGAACGCAACUGGUGGCUCUACAACAGAAACUACGCUGAGAGCGGAUUCUGACGGCUUUCGAUUACCGGAAUAUGACGGAUUUAUGCUGCGUGCAGCUGCGCAUGCGGAUGUAAUGCGAAGUAACUGCAAAUUGUUCGUCGAUCAAACGCCUGUUGAGCUAGUGACAGACCUCGCGCAGUUGCAAUCUCUAACCUCUCAGCCCUUUUCUCAACCAUCUUCUGGGGUCUCGUUAAUGCAGGCAGUGGAACAGUUGGUCGCAUCGGGCACUGAUUUCCAUCGAGGUCCCGCUCGCCGUUUCGAGGAUGACACUUAUGGCCAACUAAACUACCUCAUGAAUAUCCUGUUUGGUCCUCUAGUGCUACUCACGUUCCUGUCGGGUUAUGCUUACUAAGAGCUUCCUAACAAGCCUAAACCUCAGCGCAAACCUUAACUUAGUCUACUAUCCGGGCCUUAUUCAGGGGUUGACGCUUUUUUGUUCAGAAGGCAUUUCUGAGGAUCAGUGCUCGUCAUAUCUCUUCUAAGAUGGUCUUUUCCCGCUCCGCAAACCGUUGCUGACGAAGAGGUCUAGACGCAGUCGCUACACGAAUCGCAUCGUGGUGAAGCCUCAGGUAAACCCUUGCAGCGUGCCGCCUUUUCAGAAGGAAAACAUUGCUGGGCGAUUUUUGCCGCAUUUAGCAGUCUCUGCCAAACGGACAAAAACGCGCUCAGAUCUGCACGCGGAGCUGCUGGCGUCUGGCGAAUCCGAAGUUUUCUUAGUUUUCGCUAAUCCUCUCGAUGUAGCGAUGCAGAUUACAGUGGCUGAGUUUCUUCCAGAAGAUUCGAGCAGCAUUGCAGAGAGAAAAGCAGCAGAACUACAGGAUGCCGAAAAUGCAGGGCAACAUGGCUGGAUUUCUCCUGCACUUUUUGGUAUUAGCCGUACAGAAAUGCAGCCAGCAUCUGCGGUGAACAGCCGUGUCAUAGAAUUUUACACCGAAGCAGUUGCGGAGCGGGAUGCGCGAGCCUUUGGCCCGGGAGCUAGAGAAGAUGUUGCAACGGACGCCAGCUUUGCACCUCCGGAGCGUUCAUCAUCUAGAAGGACGUCCUUAACGGCAACAGGAUCAGAAUUGACUAAUAGAAGUAGCGCGUUGGCAGGGGCUAGUGCGUUGGCACCAGCAAAUGUGAACAAGAGACUUUUUCAAGAGGGAUAUCAGCGGGAGGAACUGCCAUGGCCAACAAAUCGCGUUUUGACCGAUAAAGGUGAACUUAGCUUCUCGCUUGUCCCAGCACCUGGGGACUACAUGGAGGAGGACUACGAGGUACUCGAUGUCUAUAGUAUAAUUGGCCAACAGUUAUCGAGGACGAUUGAGUUACUCACGUCAUCUCUAUGAGCAAUGUGUGGGGAUGUCUCAAAUUUAAUUCUUUCUCGGGAGUGCGGGCGUGCUAUCGCAUUGUCGCAAGAGCUGCCGCACCUUAGCGCCAUAUGAUCAAAUGUCUGCCCGCAUCCUGAAAGACUUGGCGGGAAGCCACACGGAGGGCACAAAAGGAACGCCAGGGGACUUUGUGGCAAUUGCGAGCGAGCCCCGGGGCAGCUUCUGGCUGCUGCGGCUGAUCGAUGACGUCCGAGCAAAUCACGCAAAGGCGGCAGCGAAGAAAAUGCUAGAGAAGUCGCCCAUCGUACAGCACGCCGCAGAGUUUGCGGCGUUCUCCGACAUAGUGAGCUCAAGCACACCGCAUAUAUGGAAAGACAGCAGCGGAGGGAGAAGGGGCAGCAGCAGCAGCAGCAGCGCCCCGCAUAUAGAUAGCGGGCAUGUGGCUAAAGUUCGCGCAGGAAGAGGACCCGGCGUGCGUCUACGUGAAGCACCUUAAGACGAGCGCGCGACACGCCUGCGCCGCUUGCCACUACUAAAAUUAAGGGUGGGAUAAAGGUGCUUUUGUUACCGUUUGUUAUGGCUCUCCUAAGGGGGACGGCCAUAACAAACGGGAUAAACGAACACCAAAAACCUACCUCUAAUAAAAGAAAUUUUUACCGGCAAAAGCAGGGGGGCCUUGAUGGUGUCCACUAGCAAGGCGAAAGCAGCCCCCGGAGAUCGCCGCAACCGCACAAAAAGACCAACACCCAGCGGGGGCGGCGCAGCUAGGCGGCGGGGUAGGCGCGAGCAUCAACGAGAGCCCCGCGCAGCUGACACGUAGCGAGUACACACUCACACAGGAGGAGGCUGAGCGGGUUGCCGCGAUGAAAGUGACGCUGAAGGGAAGGAACUGCCGGAAAUCAGCCAUCCCCGACCCCCUCGCGCCUCUGUGUUUAUUCUUCUUUGUUUACUUGAGAGAUCCCCCUAUGCUCUUUUUUGGACUUCUAGCCUCACUCUUGAUAGUACUAUGAUGGGGCUGCGCAGGUAACUUACCCCUAGGUGUAAGAUUUCAUCACAUUUCAAGCACUCAAAAGCUUCAAAGUUUCUUUUUAGACACAAAGCGAAUCGGUUCGUUUCUUUAGCUUGGAUAUGCUCGUCAAUUUCGCACCAUUGCGCCAGGCUUUGGUUGCUGCCGCAGCAGCGGAGGACGACCCAGAGGCUGUCACAGAGCGGCGUGGAAAUAAAGCUUUAGUUCGAUUAUCUGUGAAGCAGCCGAAGCGCAGGCGUCGUUCAGUUUUUAAAGCGGAGAAAAGACGCGAUGUCGAGCCAAGGGAUGACGAUAGGGAGACAGCGAUGUUAGAUCGUCGCGGUGCUUCGGAGGAUCCAGUGCGGUUCUAUUUACAAGUCCGCGCUGAGUAUAGUGAUCGUGCGAAUCGUGUUAGAGUCGUGCAGUUUCCAGUUGCCUGCCAAGUCUGAUAGACGGUCUAAGAAUGUACGAAGGCUUUGUUUGUUUGCGCCUACGCAUGGAUACUAGUGAGUCGGGAAAAAUAAGGCACAGCGACUAGGGCGUGGCGAGGAACUUGAUUUUUGUUGGCGUGUUCGAUUUUGUUUGCUCUGUCUUGGAAUUCCAGAAUAUCAGACUAGGAACGAAACCAGCUGCAGAACGUUGUAUUAUACUUAAAGUAUGCUCUAGUAGUGUUUUGUAUGAUCUUAUCCGCGACGGUGAUUUUAAUCUCAAGUAGUUUUUUGUACUGCUGACGCUUUUCACUGUAAGAGUGAAGUUUCCAAUUUAGUUGUAUGUAGAAAAGUUUAGAAUUUUCCAGGAAUGCAUGGUUCUGAAAUGUCUUGCGACCAGAAUCAAGG